UCAACGAAGAAACACGUGAGUGGAUUAUAAUUUUUUUAUCCAUUUUCCUGUUACUACUAAGAUGGAGACGCACAUCUCGUGCCUGUUCCCGGAGAUCCUAGCCAUGAUCUUCAGCUACCUGGACGUGCGGGACAAGGGCCGGGUGGCCCAGGUGUGCGCGGCGUGGCGGGACGCUUCCUACCACAAGUCGGUGUGGCGGGGCGUGGAGGCCAAGCUGCACCUGAGGAGGGCCAACCCGUCCCUGUUCCCCAGCCUGCAGGCCAGGGGCAUCCGACGGGUGCAGAUCCUGAGCCUGCGGCGCAGCCUGAGCUAUGUGAUCCAAGGGAUGCCCAACAUCGAGAGCCUGAACCUGAGUGGCUGUUAUAACCUGACGGACAACGGUCUGGGCCAUGCCUUCGUGCAGGAGAUCCCCUCGCUGCGCGUGCUCAACCUGAGCUUGUGCAAGCAGAUCACGGACUCCAGCCUGGGCCGGAUCGCCCAGUACCUGAAGAACCUGGAGGUGCUGGAGCUGGGCGGCUGCAGCAACAUCACCAACACGGGCCUUUUGCUGAUCGCCUGGGGCUUGCACAGACUCAAGAGCCUGAACCUGCGCAGCUGCCGUCACGUGUCGGACGUGGGCAUCGGCCACCUGGCCGGGAUGACCCGGAGUGCGGCCGAGGGCUGCCUCAGCCUGGAGUACGUGACUCUGCAGGAUUGCCAGAAGCUGACGGACCUGUCGCUCAAGCACAUGUCCAAGGGCCUGGCCAAGCUACGGGUGCUCAACCUGAGCUUCUGCGGAGGCAUCUCGGACGCCGGCAUGCUGCACUUGUCGCACAUGGGCAGCCUCCGUGUGCUCAACCUGCGCUCUUGUGACAACAUCAGCGACACGGGCAUCAUGCACCUGGCCAUGGGCUCGCUGCGCCUGGCCGGCCUGGACGUGUCCUUCUGCGACAAGGUGGGCGACCAGAGCCUGGCGUACGUGGCACAGGGCCUGUACGGCCUGCAGUCACUCUCGCUGUGCUCGUGCCACAUCAGUGACGACGGCCUGAACCGCAUGGUGCGGCAAAUGCACGAGCUGCGGACGCUCAACAUCGGCCAGUGCGUGCGCAUCACGGACAAAGGCCUGGAGCUGAUCGCCGACCACCUGACUCAGCUAGCCGGCAUUGACCUGUACGGCUGCACCAAGAUCACCAAGCGCGGCCUGGAGCGCAUCACGCAGCUGCCCUGCCUCAAGGUGCUCAACCUGGGCCUGUGGCAGAUGACCGAGAGCGAGAAAGUGCGGUGAAACUUGGGGGGGU